GUGAGCAAAAUUUAUAGCGAGAUUGGAUAUGUAGCUUGCCUAAGAAAGUUCCAAUGUCCGGAUUCACGAAUUCGCGAUACAUCCAAGCAAUACCAGGGGUUAAUCGAACAGAUGAUGCUAUAAGCUUCACCCACGGAGAAAAAUGCAUCUCUCACUUUGGCGAUGGCUUGCCUCAGCCGCAGAAAGUGACGGCCGAAGCGGCGAUUGUUCAGGGGCAAGGCAGAAACAAAAGAAUCUGGUGCGAGGCUCUGAACAAGACUGCCGAGAGCGGCAUUCGAGAGGCGUUCCGAAGACGAGAGAACAAACUCCGACAGUGGAAGGAACAUCUCAACAAGGAAGUGGACAAGCUAGCAAAAGAGAUUGUCAAUGUUGCUGAAAACCAGAGAGACGUUCAGAAGCAAAAGCAGUAUUUUGGAAACCUGAUGAGGACAUCACAGAACACUACGGAAUACAGGAGAAAAAUUGAAGACGACGCAAUGUUCGAUCGAGUGGGGAACGCUAUCAAAGAAGAACAAAAUAGUCUACAGAAAGCAAUCGAUGACAUGGACAAAUGUACAAGAGAUUUGAAAGAUUGCGAAAGGAAAAUGCAGAACGCAAGAAACGCUUUGAUGUCAGAAGUAGAAGCUAAGAGUCUAACCAUGAACCUGGGAAAGCGUUGCCAACACGCAGAGCCAUUGCUUAAUUUUCCAUACAUGGCGGCUGACCAUCCAGUGGACCAAAUAUACCAUCCCAAUAAGGAAGAAGACUGGGAGAAAAUUCUGGCCGACAAGCUGCAGAAUGCCGUUUCUGUGAGGCAGGAAGCCCCCCACUUGUGCGGUAGGACUGCCGACACCAUUAAGAGGGACAAGAGUGACACGGCAGAUAAGUGGUACAGGGCCAGCAAGGCGCUGCAGGAAAUAGUACAGGAAGAUGAAAGAACGGUGUUUAACAUCAAAAAUCUUCUCGGUGGGAUCACAGAAGAUACAAUCUCAACAGAACAAAGAAUUGCAUCUUUUUACGAUGAUUUAAAGAUCCAAGAUCGAGUGAAGGAUCAUCAGUUUUGGAGACUGCAAACAAUGACAUAUCGACCAGGACCUGAUCAUAUAAGAGAUGCUCCAAUAAGAAAGCUAGAUGAAGAAGUGGGAAACAUAGAGAAGAAAAGCUCCUCCAUUUUAGAGAAUAUAAAACACAAUAAGGAGCUUUUACAGAAUCUCAAUGAUGAAAAACGAAGGCAAACUUUAUUGUUAGAAAAGCUUUCCAAGAAGCUGUUUAUAGAGAGAGAACAUUGCUUAGGCUUAAGAAGAACUGUACCAAUAGAAGGCUUGAAUUUAAAUGAUUAUGUAUCCUUUUGAAUAUCAACUAGUGAAGAAAGAAUUUUGGUUACUCUUUGUUUAAAACUAUUUUCAAAAGUAUCAAAUCACAGGGUCUUGAAAAAUAUUUCAUAAUCAAUCUAAUUUAAAUUUUCAAUAUGCAUUGGUUAUGUAUUUUUGUCCUGAAUUGAAGAAAUGUGAAAUGAACGAAUGCCAACUUGAAUCCUCUUUGUAUGUGUGUAUUUUUCUUAUUGUUCUUUCUUUUUUUAAAGUGAAACUUUUUUUUUUUUGCAAAGGCUUUAAAGUUCUGAUCCGCAAAUGUUUUGUGUGACGGAUAUGACGUGUUUUUUAAUUAUUGCCCAAAACAAUGAAAAAUAGUAAAUAUAAAAUUAGUUUUGUUAAUAAAUUUAACAAAUUAAUCUCAAGGCUGAACUUAGGCAUUGUGGAUUACCACAAUUAUAUGCUUACUUAAGUAAGCAUAUAAUUGUUUAUUUUGGGAAUUUUAAGCUUUUCAAAUGAUGCAGGUUUUGGAAGAUUUCUUUGAUUCAAGUCAUCAUUUUAAAAGGGUAAUCCACAAUGCUUAAGUUCAGCCUUGAAAUUAGUUCAAUAACUUUUUACUAACAAUUUUCUAGAAAAUCAUUCUAGACAGUUUCAGCAAAUAGUUUUUCCAGCUAGAUCAUCCAACAUGAAUUCAAUUGAUUCUUUAUGGCACAUGAUCAAGAAGGUCGGUUAUUUCAAAAUGAUGCAAUAGCAACGCUUACACAAUGGUGGAUGCAUCUAGCAGCAAUAUUUCUGUAGGGGACCUUCAACAACUUGUUGAACCCUUAUUAUGCCGAGCUGCUGCAUUUCCCACAGCAAAAAGAGGUGCAACACCAUAGUAGGUGGCAGCUCAUGACUUUUGUAAACUAAGUGUGAAUACAUUAAACAGGAAGUACCCAAAC